AUGAUGGUUGCGCGCGUCCGGCAGGUGCUCUUGGGCAUCUGUGAGUCCUUCGCGAGUCUCCGCAUUCGCUCCACAGCAGUCGCUGUUGGAAGUCGGUCUGCGACCUGA